GCGCCACAUUGAAAGAGUUGCGGGAAACCGGAAUUGAACGGAAAGACAUUAACCAAAAACAGCUGUAGAAUCCUACACCAAUUUACAUUGCGACCUUUUCAAUGAUUUUACUCACAGACUACAGACUGCAGUAGAUUACAUGGAGAGUGGAAUUUCUAUGAUUUAUACUUGUCUUUAACAGUGAGAAGUUAUUCAGAAUAAAUCAGAGAUUUUUGUACUCAAACGUCAAGUCAGUCAGAUUGCACAAUUUGUUCAUCGCAUCGCGUCGCCUCGUUACAUAGACCCCUACAAAGAAAGAGGAAGCAGAAAGUUUGAUAUCCAAUUCCAUUUCAAGCUUCAACUUCUUGCCUUGGUCAGCUCAGAGCUGGGAGACCUGUGUUUUCGUCACAUCUCGCUGGAAGAUUUGAAAGCAAAAUAGGCCUAGAGUCUACAUCACAACAUACAUAAUGGGGCGUAAGAGUACAAAAGGAAAGGAAAAGAAGAUGAAAAGGAAAGAGGAACAAGCCAAAAUAGCAGCUGCCAAGAUCAUAGUAGAUGCAGCGAACAAAAUUGAUGAUCCGAUGCAGAACUUGACAGCCUUCAAGAAAUUUGAAAGAAAUGAUCUCUCCCUCACCGUUGAAUGCAAGAAGGUGACUGAGCUGGAGAAGGAUGUCACCGACUGGAUCUUUAACCUCGUCAAGACCAACAUGCAGUCAUUAUAUGAAUCCAGUGACUGGGGAUGGAAGGGACGAGAGAAGAAAGAAGAGUUGAUGCAUGAACAAGCCUGUUUUGUGAUCGCUAGGACUGCAGAUGGUCAGCUGGUUGGAUUCUGUCAUUUUAGAUUUGAUGUAGACUUUGGUGAUGCAGUCAUCUACUGCUAUGAGAUUCAGCUCACACCUGACGUGAGGAGAAAGGGCCUUGGAAAAUUUCUCAUGCAGAUUCUAGAGCUCCUAGCUUUCAGGACUGAGAUGAAAAAGGUGAUGGUUACAGUUUUCAAGAACAAUCUGGUUGCUACAAAUUUCUUCACGAAAGUCCUAAAAUACGAGAUAGAUGAGACAUCUCCUAGCAUGUAUGACCCGAUGAAUGACGAGGAUUACUGCUAUGAGAUCAUGAGUAAAGAUAUCAAGACUAAGAAAACGGCCCCAGCAGCCAACUCUGAAGGUCGACUAGCCAGUGGACAGGAGAUCUUAAUGUAAUGAAAAUUGUGUGUAAAUAAGUGUGAAGUCAUGGCCUACACUCAUUGUUUGUCAUACAAAUGGAAAUAUGAGAGGAAGAAGGGCCCAACUCCAUCCAAAGCAUUUACAAAAUGUCAAUUUUAAGAUCAGUUAAGAGCAGAAAGAUUUUGUCUUCAUGCUUUGAAAAAUGCAUGUUCAUGUAUUAAACUUCCCUGCCACUGAAAACAUAUCUCUUAAACUUUCUCUGAAUCUUUGGUGUUAAUAACACAAAUCCUGUUUUCAUGGAUUUAGGCUCUUCUUUGUUUAUACUGGGUCCUUUCUGGCUUUCAGUCUGUAGAUUCUCAGAUCACGCUGGUAAGGAAAGGUGAACAGGCAUGUUUCCAGACGUGAGGCUGACAGGCAACAUUGCUUGUAAGUUCUGAAGAUAGUAAUACUGUUAACACAAUGUGAUAUAGAAUAUCUCUACAAAAAUUAAAGGUGCUGGGUUAAUACAUGAAUUAUUUGACUCGGACAGGGAAAAUAAAACUCGAUACAAAUCAGAUGAGCAAAAAAUGAUUGGUAGAUCUUCCAAUUUUUUUUAUUUCUACAGACAUCCAUAUAUCCAGCAAAAUGCCAUGUCAAAAAUAUUUUGCAAUUUAGGCAAACAUUGGAUUUCAAUGUUCAGAUAAAAUGUAAUCGAAACAAUUUACUCAAGACUCUUGAGAGUGAACUUUGUGCCUUUGAAAUUAUAUCUUCAGCCUUCUCGUGAAAUAAGCCUCUGGUCAUCACGUGUGUACACAUAGCCAUUAAACGCAAUGAAGCGCUACGUACAAACUACAAAGCAGGGAUAGUGUUAUUUGAUAUGUCUCUGCACAAAGUGAAUGAGCAGUGGCUUAUUCUACGAGAAUGCCAAAUUUUCUUUUCCUGCUGGUCAGGAGUAUAAAAAAAGCUCCAGUUUUGCAAGCCAUGUGAUGGGUGUACCUAUAUAGUUGGAUUACUUACAAAACCAAAUUUAUUGGUGCAGUAGACCUUCAUUUUCGUUGUCAUUUGGUCUUCUGGGCUGUGCAAAAUUUGAUUUUUACUCCCUGAGUGUACAAUGUCUUUUAGAUCAAAAUUGAUUUUGUAUUGCAGAAAUUCUAGUUGAUUAAAUCGUUGGGGUACAUUCUGGUACCGGUAUGCUCUUUGCUGGUUAAAUAAAACAGCAUAACUGCAUUGCUUAAGGCUAUAGAGGUACAUGUACAUCUGCAACAAAUUGAUAAUUUAGAUACACAACUUGUAUUCUUAUGAAUUUUUUGCACCUAGUUUGAUGCCCAUACAAGAAGGGUAUUAGUCAAGCAGCAAUUUAUCAAUUUUUUGCGAGAAAAUCAUUCAAAUGCUCGAUGUAAAUGUUUAACUGGGCCCUAUCCUUUAAAGAGCAGUGAUUGAUCGAAAUGUAUCACAAGUCCUUCCAUCAAUUGUAAAAAUUAAUUUGUCUAACUCGUAUCUAUAAGUACAGAGUUGCGAUGUACUCGGAUCGAUCAUCACUCUCCGUAAGACAGGCCCAGGUUUGUUUUAUUUCAUGGUGUAGGAACUGAUCAUGUUUUUUUCCUGAACUUUACAAUUUAUCAAUUUUCAGAAUAUUUAAAUUUCUGCUAAUAUUAGUUUAUUGAAUUGUGGCAUUAAUGACCAUUUCCAGUUUUUCCACUAUGCUUUAAGCAUAACAAAUUUUCAUUUGUAUGUCAGAUACAUGUAUCAUGUCUAGCAGGAUAACACAUGGGUGUAUGACCAUUGUAAAUAUGUAAUUUUGUAUUAAAGUCAUUGUUUACAUCA